UUUGGCACCAGGCUCGGGCUCGCGAUGAAGAUCCUCCGAUGGCUCCUGAAGGGCCGGGGUUCAGCCCCCACCCUAACCCCGAAUCCGGCCCUCACCUCCACCCCGACGCCGGCCCCGGAUCCGGAUGCUGCUCCUAGACAGCUGGAGCAUUUCUCGAAGUUCUCGCCAUCGCCGCUGUCUAUGAAACAAUUCCUGGACUUCGGUACCAGAAACGGUUGUGAAAAGACCUCCUUCAUAUUUCUACGACAAGAACUUCCAGUACGGCUUUCGAAUAUCAUGAAGGAAAUCAGCCUACUUCCAGAUAAUUUGCUAGGAACUCCAUCUGUUCAAACUGUUCAAAGUUGGUAUGUGCAAAGUCUCACCGAUAUUCUGGAAUUUUUGGAUAAAAGCCCUGAUAGUUACAGAGUUUUGUCAGACUUUUCAGAUACACUGAUCAACAUUCGAAAUCGGCAUAAUGAUGUUGUCCCAACUAUGGCCCAGGGAGUCAUAGAAUAUAAAGAAACAUUUGGGGUGGAUCCCAUAGUUAAUCAAAACGUGCAAUACUUUUUAGACCGAUUCUAUUUGAGCCGAAUCUCUAUCCGCAUGCUCAUCAACCAGCACACCCUUGUUUUUGAUGGUCGAAGUAAUCCAGCCCAUCCCAAACACAUUGGUGGCAUAGACCCUAACUGCGAUGUGAUAAAAGUGGUGAAAGAUGCCAGUGAAAGUGCAAAAAUGCUUUGUGAUCAAUAUUAUUUGACUUCUCCUGAGAUCCUGAUUAAUCACUUCAAUGGAAAAGCCUCAGGGCAUCCUAUUCAAAUUGUCUAUGUUCCUUCCCAUUUGUACCAUAUGCUUUUUGAACUUUUUAAGAAUGCAAUGCGAGCUACAGUGGAGAGUAACGAAUCCAGUACUACUGUACCUCCUAUUAAAGUAAUGGUUGCUUUAGGAAAUGAAGACCUUACCAUUAAAAUUUCUGACAGAGGCGGUGGUGUCCCUCUCCGUAAAAUUGAUCGACUGUUCAGUUACAUGUAUUCCACAGCUCCCAAGCCAGUAGUACAGAAUCUCCAAACAGCUCCUCUGGCUGGCUUUGGAUAUGGUCUCCCUAUUUCACGCCUCUAUGCCAAGUAUUUUCAAGGAGACCUUAACCUGUACUCAAUGGAAGGACAUGGUACCGAUGCUGUUAUUUAUUUAAAGGCUUUAUCCACUGAUUCAGUGGAGCGGUUGCCUGUCUUCAAUAAGUCUGCUUGGAAGCAUUACAAAAGUAAGACUGAAGCAGAUGAUUGGUGUAUUCCCCGUAGUGAACCCAAGAACUUGUCCAAGUUCAGUCAUCACAUUUGAAGAAACAUAUUAUGAAGAGGAAGAUUAAAGCAAUGUUCACAAUCACACUGUGACCUUUCUGUGAUCAUGGUAUAGAAACGAAUGUUGGUGGCAUGCUAUAGACUGUCCUGACUUGUAUGAAACAUUCAAAUGUACCUCAUAUAGUUAUCAUCAUUCAAGUGCAUGAAUUAAGGAUUGCUUCCUGGACAAAAAGAAGCAACAAUUUGUGAAAUGAAUUCCAUAUUUACAGAAUGAGUAUGAGGAGGGAAACAUAAGAUCAACAUAUGUGGACAUGUGAUUUUUCUGGCAAUAUUGUGUACUUUUUGUGUCUGACUAAACUGGGAACUUGCCAUUGUGGGAGUUACAGGCUUGAACCAAUGCCUGGACUAGAACUCAAUAAUUUUGCAGAUGAUAGUAUUUCUUUCUUUCAGACGUUUGCUGAAUGCAACUUGGCUGCAGAGUGAUUACAUUUAAACAAUUGGUUCAUAUUCUGUAAACUACAUACAGACAUUCUGAAGUUGUGACAUGCUCAGUAUAAAUGCAGGUUCUUUCAUUUUGGUGGUGUCAAGUGUGCUUUGCUGUAUAUAGCCCUGUGUCACACCUGGCUAGGGGUUCUACAAGCAUGACUCUGUUUUGGGCAAGAGACAUGAAAAAUGUGAUUGAGUGAGGGCAAAAUAGUGACUUCUGGUAUGAAGGAGUCUCGGAAAUCAGAUGGUUUUAUCGCUUUUUCUUUGGACCUGCUUUGGGGCAACAUAAAUGAAAGGCAGAAUUAGGGAAAUUAUCAGUGUUUGUUUUAUUUUCUAUCUGCUGUUGAAUUCAGCUUUUACUUUCAUCCUACUCUUUGGACAUGAAACAAAGUAUGCAUGUAUGCAUUUGAAUAGAUCUGCUUAUUACUGGUUACCAGUGGUGCCUUGUCGAUAGUUAUAAAUUAUACUAAGCUGUAUUUGUAAACAAUCUGUGAAAAACUGAACAACUGGGUGUCAAUCUGCCAGUAUACCUUGAAUGUUCUUGAACUGAGAAGAUCUGUGAAAUUGAAAUGCAGAUGGACUGUGUAUUUUAAUAUGUGAAAUAAAUUUUUGAUAACUGUGCAUAA